AUGUCGAACUGCGAACAAGGCGCUGCUGCGCAUGCCCCCACCAAUGGCGAUACUGUGUCCGAUACGAAAGUACAGGCACCGGCCGAUUCAGCCCCCAUGAACCCCCAGACCGAGCUUACUUCAACCACGAAUCCAAUUGAGCUCGAGCUGCCCAAAUCAGCCGCCGACGGCCUCAUCCAGAAGCCUUUCGCUAGGCCGCUGGACACAGCCAAGCCUGUAGCACGCGAGGAACUUACUCCGGAACAACAAUCCAAGUACGAGGCUGUGCUUAAGUCUGCUUCAUCGUGGACUACGGUCGCCACCAAGGCCGAGAAGAAUGCCCCAACGUCUCCCAUAACCGAGGAUGAGAGGAUGUGGUUGACCCGCGACUGUCUCCUGCGCUACCUACGCGCGACCAAGUGGGAUGUCUCCCAUGCGGAGACACGUCUCCAGAGCACCCUCACAUGGCGCCGCGAGUAUGACCUGAAGAAGUUUACACCUGAGUAUAUUUCGAUUGAGAACGAAACAGGCAAACAGGUCCUUUUGGGCUAUGACAUCCACGCACGGCCAUGCCUGUAUCUCUUGCCCUCCAACCAGAACACGGAGAAGAGUCACCGCCAGCUCGAGCAUCUUGUCUUCAUGCUGGAGCGGGCCAUUGAUCUCUCAGGACCUGGCCAGGAGACUGUUACCCUCAUCGUCGACUUCAAAGAGACAACAUCUGGCCAGAAUGCAAGCCUGAGUCAGGCCAAGCAGACGCUCAGCUUCUUGCAGAACCACUACCCUGAGAGACUUGGUCGGGCUCUGGUGCUCAACGUGCCCUUCAUUAUCCGAGGAUUCUUCAAAUUGAUCACACCCUUUAUUGAUCCGAACACUCACCAGAAGCUCAGGUUCAAUGAGGACCUGCGUCAACACGUCCCGCCUAGCCAGCUUAUGAAGUCUGUGGGUGGUGAUGUCGAAUUCCGCUACGACCAUGCAUCCUACUGGCCCACUCUGAACCAGCUGGCUGACCAGCGACGUGAGGCGUACCGCGAACGCUGGGUUCAGGGUGGCAAGCAGGUCGGCGAGUUUGAGAACUACCUGAAGGGCGAGAACGUUGCCAACCUGUCUCAGACCCAGCUUGAGGCUAAGGCUAGCGAGCAGGCUUGA